CGCGCAUCGUCGGCACAGCGGAGACACGCGUGACGUCUGGGAAGCGGAGACAGCGGCACUCGAGCUUUAAACCAUGAGGGAGAUCGUACACAUCCAGGCCGGCCAGUGCGGCAACCAGAUUGGUGCCAAGUUCUGGGAGGUGAUCAGCGAUGAGCAUGGCAUUGACCCAACUGGCACCUACCAUGGAGACAGUGACCUGCAGCUUGACAGAAUCAGUGUCUACUAUAAUGAGGCUACAGGAGGUAAAUAUGUGCCCAGAGCUAUCCUGGUGGAUCUGGAGCCUGGCACCAUGGACUCUGUUCGCUCUGGGCCCUUCGGUCAGAUCUUCAGACCUGACAACUUUGUGUUUGGUCAGAGCGGUGCUGGUAACAACUGGGCGAAGGGUCACUACACAGAGGGGGCGGAGCUUGUGGACUCUGUGCUGGAUGUGGUGCGUAAGGAGUCAGAGAGCUGCGAUUGCCUGCAGGGUUUCCAGCUCACCCACUCGCUGGGCGGAGGCACAGGCUCGGGCAUGGGCACCCUGCUCAUCAGCAAGAUCCGCGAGGAGUACCCCGACCGCAUCAUGAACACCUUCAGCGUGGUGCCCUCGCCCAAGGUGUCCGACACGGUGGUGGAGCCCUACAACGCCACGCUGUCCGUGCACCAGCUGGUGGAGAACACGGACGAGACCUACUGCAUCGACAACGAGGCGCUCUACGACAUCUGCUUCCGCACGCUCAAGCUGACCACGCCCACCUACGGGGACCUCAACCACCUGGUCUCGGCCACCAUGAGCGGCGUGACCACGUGCCUUCGCUUCCCCGGCCAGCUCAACGCCGACCUGCGCAAACUGGCCGUCAACAUGGUGCCCUUCCCCCGCCUGCACUUCUUCAUGCCGGGCUUCGCCCCCCUCACCAGCAGGGGGAGCCAGCAGUACCGCGCCCUCACCGUGCCAGAGCUCACGCAGCAAGUGUUCGACGCCAAAAACAUGAUGGCGGCAUGCGACCCGCGACACGGCCGCUACCUCACCGUGGCUGCCGUCUUCCGCGGCCGCAUGUCCAUGAAGGAGGUGGACGAGCAGAUGCUCAACGUCCAGAACAAGAACAGCAGCUACUUCGUGGAGUGGAUCCCCAACAACGUCAAGACGGCCGUGUGCGACAUCCCGCCCCGCGGCCUCAAGAUGGCAGUCACGUUCAUUGGCAACAGCACGGCCAUCCAGGAGCUGUUCAAGCGCAUCUCCGAGCAGUUCACGGCCAUGUUCCGCCGCAAGGCCUUCCUGCACUGGUACACGGGUGAGGGGAUGGACGAGAUGGAGUUCACCGAGGCUGAGAGCAACAUGAACGACCUGGUGUCCGAGUACCAGCAGUACCAGGACGCCACGGCCGAGGAGGAGGGAGAGUUCGAGGAGGGGGAGGCGGAGGAGGACGCCUAAGAAGAAGGAGGUUGAGCGAGAGCGAGGGCGGGGGGCGGGGGGGGAGCAGCAUCCGGAAAGCUUUUAAGGAGGAAAAUGUAGCUAAGCACAUACGGAUGCAGCCGUAAGUGUCUGAAACAACGUAGAAGUUAGCAGUAGAUAAAUGGGGCCAAAACGACCAGAGGAAUCUUCAAUGGAUGUUCAACCCGAAAUGGAAAAAUCUCACCCUCAACACUAGUAGGGAUCAGUGUUCAUAAGUCUUUUCCAUUUUAAUCUCUCUUUAUCACUGAUGUCCUCACUUCUUCCCUGUUCACUGUGGGAAGGCUAGUUUACAUGCCUGGCUUUCCUGUACAGAUUGCACUUGGUUCUAAACCAGAAACCAUUCUUAUGGUUCAUGCUGUAAAUUUGUCCCAAACUGGUCUCCACCUUUGUCAUGAAAGCCAGCGGGUAAUAUCCCAGCCCUAAAGGCAUAGAAGCACAUCUGGAUGACAUCAAUCAUGCCAAUAUUUGUCCACUGAGACAGAGAGGGAGAUGAAGAUCCCGUGCGGACAUGAGUGUUAAAAGCCAUUAUUUAUUCUUCUUUUCCCCUUUCGUUUUUUUGUCUUUGCUUGCUUUGUUUCGAAGCACUGCAAGAAAAUGUGAAACACACCUACCCACAGAGCAUAUUCAAAUGGAAAAUAAUGUAAAAGUGUUUGUUUUUCUCCUAAAUGUGAGCAUUGCACUACAAUGGGACAGCUUUGGCAGAAUGAUGCAAAUUCCUCAUGCCCUCCGUCACUGAGGAUUACAGUAUUCAGUCGAAUGGUUUACAGAUGUGAAGGAUUAUUAUGAAGAGACUGAGGAAGAGAGGCCAGAAGGAAUGAUGGGGUCCACAGAGCAGCUGUUCAGCCUUCCCAACUCGACGCCAACCAACGUCUGUAGGGGGAAGGUGCAGACAGCAGCAGUACCGUAGAUUGUGUGAAAAGACGCAAAGUACGAAAACGUUGGUUUCGGAAGGUUGGAAAAGAAUGUCAGUACGACCUUUAGGAUCUAGGAAGUGUCCUGUAUCUGAGCCCGAAGGUUGUUUUUUUUGUUGUUGUUUUUUUUAAAGCUGUUUUUACUUGUUUGGGUUUUUUUGCAUCAUGAAGUGUCCCUUGCGUUUUAUACCUACUUCAGUUUCCUAUUGGAAAGUUUUUUGAGCCUCUGGAAAAAAAAGAGUAAAAUAAACUUGAAACUUUGUUUAA